UUUAUCGAAUCGAGCAAUGGUGGUGUUAUGACCUCAAGAGCUUGAAUUAAAAUCUGUGCGUUUGUGUUAUAUCACUUCCUAUGUGCUGAAUUUUAUCGCAGAAUGAAAUCUAAUACUUCGUGACUCUUGCUGUGUAAAAUUGGCGUGCGGUUUCUUGUUGUGUUGCGAGAUUUCCAGUUUCCAUGGAUACUCUGUGCAGAUGUAACCGGUAGUAGUUUGUCUUCAAUAUAAGUUAGAACACAACUGCCACCAUGUUGUACGUAUUCCACGUGGAUGCUGGUCAGAUGACCACGUAUGAUAUGAACCUCACACUGCAAAGUGUGGCUUCACUGAAACUGGCAAUAGAGAGAAAGACUAAGAUCCCAGCAUCCUCACUUGUUCUGUUGGUGAGCGGUGGAGAGGUGCUGCAGUCGGACCAUAUGGUGUCAUCAUACAGUGCCGGGACUGAUACCAAUCCAAUAUAUAUGUUCAGCAAACCUUCAGUUAAGGAGAGCCAUUUGAGGCAAUCUAUGUGUGGGGAUUUAAGUCCAAUAGUGGAACUAAGUUCAGGGGAGUCCCGUAGCGACACGCGUGGAUUCGAGGGGAAAUCCAUAGCGGAACUGAAGGCAUCUGUGGAGAUGUGUUGUUCUAUGGCCCCGACUGUUAACGCCGUGAUAUCGUGUGCGGUCCUCGCCCAGCAGUUCAGUGACCUCUCCCACGAGGUGUCCCGGGGUUGUGACCAGCUUGUUCACGAGCAGCAUUUGCAGCAUCAGGGUUGGGCAGCAGUGGUGGCCAACUUGGAGGAUAUAUUCAACGAAUUUUGCGAGCGAUCGAGGAAUUUCAAGGAGUCAUUCAGGAAGCACCGCCUAAAAAAGGAAGAGUAUCACGAGAAGUUAAAUGCGCUCAAUGAAGUCCUGGAAUCCCUCGGCAAGAUCCCGAUACUGCCAGCCUUGCAAGUGAAUGCCGAAGCUCAUCGGUUCUCAGCGUUCGACGUGUUCGACGAGACAGACUUCGAAGGUCAUCCGUACAGGGUCACCCAUCCCCUGGACAGCAGCUCCGAUAGACCCUCGCAGGACUUUGGCGUCGACUUCAAGUUGUCUGAUGAGGACGUAUUCGACAAGAAAGACGGAUCCUCAACGAAGGAUGCGCAAUCAGAAGCGGAGCAGCGUAUUGAGGACUCAGACGAAGGCGUCACCUUCACGGCACAGGUUGUGGAGACCAGAGAGAAACCGACCUUGUUGCACUGGAUCCUCGCGCAAGGGAACAAGGCGUCGCUGCAGGAUAUACUCGACUACUGCCAGAAGGGAUUGGCUUUGAUCGACGCGGAGCCCCUGAAGGAGCGUGAAGCGGAGCUGUACCACAUUUUGGAAUACGCCAACGUGCACGGCUUGAAGCAAAUCAAGGGCAUAGAAGACCGCCUGUACGGGCUCGAUCAGCUGUUGAGCGAGGUGAAGAAACUCGAGAGAGACCAACAUGACCAAGCCGCUUCUCUUAUACAGUGCCGCGACCGCAUGUCAAUGGCAUGCGACCCUUCAGUGCUGCCUACCCUGUUACAAUCUCACUGGUGUCAGCUGGAGAAGCUGCUGAAAGGCCACGAGACCCUGGUCGACAUUAGACGACGCAUCGCCAAGUCCAAAGAUGAACUCUCCUUCAUAUUGAAGUCGAGAUUGGAGGCGGUGCUAACGAUAGAGAACUCGAUGUCGGUGCAGGACGCGCACGCGAUGCUCUCCUUUCAGUGCUUCAACCGGCUCGCGCGGUACUUCGGCAUCGUGUCGCAGCUGCACCGCGCGCCCGCCGUGUUCGUGCGCGCCGUGCACGAGGUCGCACGCCGGAGGAAGUUCUCGCAGGCGCAUUUGAAGUGGGCGACGGACCUCGCAGCGAAACUGCUCAAAAUCCACGAAGAAGAGAUCUCACGUCGGCAAGAGUUCAACGUCCUCUUCGAAGGUCACUUCCUCAAGACCUUGUUCCCUGGGAUGACUGAGUUGCCGCCUACAUUCGCCACCCAGGCGCCGCCGCUGUUCGACGCGAAGCUACCCAAGUUGACCGAUGAAGAUGUAGAAUAUAUCGCCAGUACCUUCCCGGAGUUUGUGAAUGACGUACCGAACUAUGAUAUGGAAACGACAGUCCAAUUCUUUCAGCAAAGACUGACGUCUUCAGAACACGACGAGAGAGAUGUCGAUGUUCCAGUGAAUAUUUCUAAGGAAUCCGAGACAGAUACAAGCGAGUUCGAGAAGCUAAGCGGGCAGGGUAGUAAGAAACAGAAAAUAGAUAUCAGCACAAUUUGCGUCCCAGAAACGAUGGCAGUUUCAACCGUGACAGAGGACAACAUGGACACUCAUAAGAUAAACAUUGAGAAGCUACAAGAAUUCCUCCUAAAACUCUGCGGUCUCUGCAGAGUCAACAUAGUGUUUAUAAAAGAAGAACUUGUUAAACUCAAAAGUGAGAUAGACGUACAAAGAAAGUGGAUAGCCGAUAAGUAUGUAGAACUAUUGGCAGAGUGGGAGAGAAACAACGAAGAAGCGUCUAUUCGGUUUAGAGAAGAGACGCAAAGGCUCACUGUAGACCAUGAACUAGAACUAAGCGAUAUGAAAGCGUCUUUAAACGACAAAGACGAGGUCAUCGAAUCGCUGAAGAAAGAAAAGGAAGAGUUAAAAGUGGAACAGCAGAAAGAGAUAGAAAGAUUAGAGAAGGAGCACCAGAGUACAAAAGAGUUGUUAGAGAAGACGCGAGAGGAGAUAAAAAGCUUCGAAAAGAAGCAAGAAGAAGUGGAAGCUAACAAACAGAAGGAAAUCAAAGAGUUGCAAGAGAAGAUGCAUCAGGAUUAUAAAGCUGAAAUAGAGUCGCUGAGAUCCAGAUUCCGCCUAGUAGCCCUAACAAACAUGGAUAGAUCGCCCUCAGAAUCAAGCUUAGAGAAGAUAGAGCGUACAGACAUGAUAGAGAUAAGCAGCCACAACGCGAUAGUGAUGCAGACCAAGGAGAAUGCAGAAGUGGAGAAAGAAGAAGCUGUGAGGCAGGCGGUGGCUAAGUUAGAGAGUGAGUGGCAGCAGAAGUUUGAUAGCGACGUCGCCGCGCUCAAGGCCAAAUAUGAGACCGAGAAACAGGUGACAAUCAGCGACGUGACGCGACGUCUUCUCAGCGAGAAGGAUCGCCAGCUGGAGCUACUGCGGGACCACGUGCAGACAUUGACGAGAGAAUGCACGAAGUAUCGCGACACCAUUGAGCAGCUGACUGACCCUGAGACCUACGACUACGACGCUUCGCUCAAAAUUCAGAUGACCACACUUGAGAACGAGAAGGCACUGUUACAGCAACAGGUGCUAGAUCUGAAGAAAGAGUUGGAGAAGCGAGCUGAUGAGGGAGACAAGAGCAAAGAGGAGGACAGUGAUGGAAGGUCGUCACCAAGGAAGGAAGACACCAAGCGACCGCGCGUGCGCAGUCACACACCUGUGGGUCUGGCCGCCGGCACGCUUAGCCUGUCGUCCUGUCUGCCUGGGCACACGGUACUCGUUAUGUGGGAGCCGGCGCAUUUCAAUUAUACUGUUAUGCAGGAAGCUCCAAUAAUGUACUUCGUGCACAGCGACUGUCUACCCGCGUUGGACCUCAGCAUACAAGUGAAAAACGAAAGCGAGAGGAAACUCUACGCCAUUGCUACUGUAGAGUCCAAGGAGUACUGUUAUGCUAAGAAGAGUGGUAACCGCUACCACAUGCCGCGCGGGUCGCGCUUCUACCGCGUGCGCGUGCGGCCCGCACGCCCGCACCUCGCACAUCCGCCCUGCUGCGACUACAAGCACAAACAGGAUGCCAUGAAGGGCAGCGUUCUCGCCGUGCUCGGUGACAAUCGACCGCUCAAGAAAUGGUUGACUUACGUGCAUGCCCCAGACAUGCAGAAGGCAAUAGAUACGAGUCAGUCAACUAGUUCGAACACAGACGAGGCGAAUCGAAUGGGCGAAGUGGCUACAGCUACGUUGAUAAAUUUGGAGUCGCCGGUGUCUCCUAGUGAAUUCGCAUCGAGUGUUAGUAUGAGGCCUGGGACGCAGGGAGAGGUGCCUGAAUCGGUCCCGGAGGAAGAUCAGCUCGAUUCAAUUGAAACCAGCGAGCAAUGGCAUAACGCUCGGAUGCAUUUGUCUAGUGCUAGUGCUGUGACGGACAUGGAGUGCAGCGUGGGUCGGGUGCUGGGCCCGGAGCCGCUGGAACUGACAGUUAGUUCCGUAUCGGUGGUGGCGCGAGGGUCCGUGCCUCCCGACUCCGAGGUGGCGGAGGAGGCCUCGCCCUGACGGCCGCGCCGCCGUGCGCGCCGCCCGCCCCGGCACACGCACCACCCGUAGUGGCCGCACGCCGCCCCCCACCCCCGCGCUACAAGUUCUAAUUUUAAAAGUACCUAAAGCUCAUCAUGUUAUUGUAAAGACCACGGAGCAAUGGUGUAAAAGAGUCGACGAUAGUUCAUUUCGGAAAUGUAUGUGCCGAGUCACGGUGCAGGAGGCAAUAUGAUAUAUUAUGACGUAAGGUGCCUUUGGCAAGGAUCGGAUUGUCCGUAUCGGGUCUCUUAUUGUUCCGUGGUGUAUUUCAUCUUUAGAUAAGAAAGAGACAAGUAUAGAUUACGCAUGAAAGCGAAGGAGAAAUAAUUGUGAUCUAUCUCGUUUGUUAACGUAACGUAACUAUACUCUUCUUCGUUUAUCUUAAGAUAAAAUAGUAAGGUAAUCAUGCGUGAAGGGAUUUAAUACUUUUAUAAAGAGGGUAUAUAGAGACUAAGAUAAGGAAUAUUUCGUAGCGCGGUCUCUACUUGUAAAAGUACCAACGAGAAGCGUCCGGCCAAUAUCCCUCCCUAUCUUCCGCAUUCUACCACCUUCAGGCAAACACAGGGGAGGGCCAGAGAAAGCUUUUCAGGAAUGCCAAAGCAAUAUCUAUCGAAAACCGAAAUUAGUGUUAUCUUUUUAUAGCCUUAAAAAUUAUGAAAUGUAUGGUUUUCUAUGGGACAGGAAGAGAGUGCUUCUGACCCUCCCCGAACAAACUCCUGUUUGCAUGCCUGCCUUUAUCCGUCUCGCAAAGUCCGACUACCCUCACUUUCGAGUUCUAUUUUCCUAAGCAUUUUAAUAUUAAACAUUUUUGAAAUUCAAUAAUUCGCACGUCUCGAGCCUAUUUUCCUCUCGGCUGUACAAAAUAAAGCCAUUUGAUAUUUUGAUAUUUGCUUUUGACGUUCGUUCACCAGUCGAUGUCUUCCACGGACCGCAGGCGUACGUCGCUAUUUCGGCUAAUUCGCUUAGGAGUUCCUGCCAAAAUAUUUUUCGGAACCCUCUACGAUGACGUGUUAGAAUUCUAAACACUUUGACAAGAAAUUUACCUUAUUUUUUAUUACAAAUCAUUUUAAAAACAAAUAUUUUAUUAUAUUGUAUAAUAAACGUUUUACAAUUAUGAUGGCAGAUUCGCCUUAUUCCUUAUGAAGUAUCUAAGUGGAGGCUUCUCUACGAAUCGUUUCAGUGAUUUCUUCUCGGUAGUACAAAUUGUUUAUUUAGUCGUUUUUAGCUUUAUAAUGGUUUGUUUUGCAAUUGAUAUUCACAUAUAUUUAUUUACAUACCUAUUGUGUUUUGUUGUAGUUUAUUUGAAAACUACAUAUUUCACUGAAACGCUUAUAUCUUUAUUUUCGUGUAAUGAUAGUAUUGUAGUAUAGUCAGUUAUUGGUGAUGCUGUAUCGUAUGUAGCACAAAAAAUAUUACUUAUUGUAAUGUCUGUCUGUAUCUGAUUUUUCUUUGCUCAUGUGUUAAUAUUGUUAGAAUAUUCGACAAAGUAAUGUUUGCAGUUCAAUAUUUAGAUACGUGUCUAAUACAGUUAAACGAUAGAGUCAACACAUUGAUCCUUAAGAUUCUCCUACCUAUAAGUCUACUAUCUUGACACCUAAGUCAUAGUGAUAUUUAGUGGGACUCGCGUUCCUUAGGAAUUUCUCUUACAAGUGUUGAUAGGCUUCUGCAAUGAUAACGCUUACACACUCGAUCUCGCUCCUACUUGGACUCUUUGAAUCUAUAGGUUUCACAAUCUAGUUAUAGUUUCAACGACAUAGAUGGUUUGUUAAGAUUUUUUGAAAUCCUCACAAAUAGUUAGGCUGCUUCUAAGUAAUGCCCUUGGCGGAUAUGUAUUCUGUGUCAUGAAGAGAGAGUUUACUGUAAGGUAACGAGGCACAGUCACCUUGCGUCCCAAUUGGUUAGCGGUUUUAAUGUAUUUUACGUGUAAUCGAAGCGCAAUGGCUACGUGUAGUGUUGUAAUGUGAGAGGAGCGCUUCGUGUCAAAUUUGUUUGUGGCCUUAUGAUAAGUGGCGCCCGGCGUGGGGCUACGGACGCCUCUGGCCAUGUUGCCCCGCGAGGUAACGCGGGCAGAGGCGCCACCUCGGCGGCGCCGACUGCUGUGAUAGCGCGUGCUGUGCUCUCCUCGAUCCCCCGACGAACAGCUUUACAAAUACAACAAAACAAUGAUUUAAUUGUAAUUUUAUUAUUAAGGCCUAUUUCUUAAGGACGUAAAUUUUAAUCAUGCGGAUUUGUCGAGCUAAAUUUUAAGUCGCCAUGUAUCGGUAAUACUGUUCGCUUUUCAGCUCUGAUUUGAGUACGCAAAUUGUUGUUGAAAUAAUCAUCGAGGGUCGUAGUAACCGACGAAUGCAAGUAUUUAAGAGAGAACGAUGAAACCUCAGAUCCACGUCCUCGAUCCAAUUUGCCGAUGUCAGCCUAUAUUAUUAAGCGAGGUUUUAUGCACUGAAGAAGUUAAGCAAGCAUGUUGUUAUUGUAUAUAGUUGUUUAAUGAUUAUUACUUGUAAAUUGUAUCGGAAGUGGUCUUGUAAAUGUUAAGUUUCGAUUGCAGCAUUUUAUUGUGUAAAGAUAGUGAUUUAUUUGUAUUAACAUAAACGACUGUAGUUCAGACUGUUGAUUCAUGAAAUCGGGAGUACACGAGACUAAAUUAAGUCAUUUUAAAGUAAUCGUGCAUGGAUUUGUUUGUGCUGGACACAAAUGUCAGGUUAUGAUUAGGUUGCAGGGUCUUUUCAUGGUAAAAUUACGGUCAGCGUGUGACGAAAGUGUCAUAGGCGAUGGUUUCUGGAAUGUUUUGCGACUGCAAUGCAUAAUAAAUCUUAUCGUGUGAUCGCUUAACGGACUAUUUUGUAGUGACCAAUUUUAUCGUUAGAAAUAAAAAAUGUAAAAUUGACAAUUUUAAUGUAAUUUUUAUAUACAAUAAAUAAAUAGACGAUUUUGUACAAAA